CAACCAAAAAGUAAUGUGCUUUCAUUUUCUAAAGUCAACUAGACAAUGAGAGAAUCAGAUUGAUAGUUUUGGGUUAAAGCACCCCUCUAGCCCCCACCCCCCACCCCAUCUAUACCUGUGCACCAGCUCCCCCCAGAAUAUGCUGUAAAGCCUACUUCAUCUACAUGGCUGUUGCAGUAUCAUCUUUCGAUGACCCCAGGUCUGCUCGAUGCAAAUCAGAAUUCUCCAGCUGAGAUAUAAGGUUAUCUUGCACCCAUGAUGAGUGAAAAGAAGACAUCUGUGGCAAUUAUUGGUGGAGGCAUUUCAGGCUUGGUCUGUUCAGCAAGGCUGGCACAGCUGGGAAUCACUAACGCCAUAGUCUUCGAUACUGGAAAGCGGGCACCAGGCGGGAGGUGUAGUAGUAGGUACAUCAACAUCGAUGGCAAACUCCACAUAUUUGACCAUGCGGUCCAGUUCUUCACUGUCAGCGAUCCCAGAUUUGCUAAGAUUGUGUCCUUUAUGCACAGCAAGAAGGCAGUAAGAGUUUGGCCAAGCAGAAUUGUUCAACUUAAAUCGGGUGCAAAGCCAACUGAAGUGAGGAACCUGCAAACCUUUAUUGGCACGCGUGGAAUGCAGUCCGUCCCCGAAUGUCUAUCAAGUCUCAUCCAUGUUGAAAGAAACAAGUGGGUCAGCAGUGUUCACUGGGACCCUCAAAUCAAAAAGUGGAAAGUGGAUGACCAUGGCUGGUUUGAUUAUUUGGUAGUUGCCCAUAACGGGAAGUGUGCCGCCAAGCUUAUGGCUGACUCUGGGGCACCACAAAUCCACAGUCUUCUUAAGGUGAAGUUCAGUCCUGUCCUGACACCGCAGGCCAACAUCAUGCAUCUGUGUUCCCUCUGGGUUUUGAUAAUCGCUUUGCCACGUAGCAUUGCAGUUGACUAUGAUGGAGCAUUUGUGGAACAUUCAGACUUAUCAUGGAUUGGAAACAACACUUCUAAGUACAGUACAGAAAAUCAGCUUGAAUGCUGGACGGUCAUUAGCACCAAGUCUUUUGGCGCCAUUCAUAAGGUUCCGCAGGAGUUUAUACCACCUCCUAAGGAGAAAGAAGUUACAGACCUACUUCUGAAUGGUUUUGCGGCAGUAACUGGUGUAAACCGAAAAACUUUGACUCCAUGUUUUACCAAACUGCAGUUAUGGGGAGCGGCAAACCCCUUGAAUGUGCUUCAUGGAGAGGAGUGUGUCUUCCAAUCAAGCCAUAAUGUAGGCAUAUGUGGGGACUGGCUGGUAAGUCCGUGUGUUGAAGGAGCAGCGAUCAGCGGCCUGGCCUUAGCUGAGGUGAUCAGCCAACAUGUAGAUGGAGAGAGAAGAGAUGUGGGAUUGAAGAAACCCCUUCAACCUCUGGACUCUGAAGCUAUUGGUGCAUUUCCAACAAGUAAAGGUUUAUUUUUUAAUCCUGCAAAAUAAUACAAAAUUUACGGGUAAUACAUAGCUGAGGCACAAAGGUGGAAACCGUUUGUGUGGAAGACAGAGCUGAAUUGCUGAGGAUGAACAGAUUAAUGUGGAACCCAAGGAGGAGGAAGACAUUCACAUGGAACCAGAGACACUGCUGGACCACCGUGGAGGAAAACAUUAACGUGGAACUAGAGACGGGUCUGAGGCACUAUGAUGGAAGACAUUCACGUCCAGCUAUGCAACGUUACAGUGGCAGGAGCCUACAUUAAUGUUCCCCAUUGUAUUAACUUUUCCAACAUAAUUGGUUAUGCUCCUCUGAAUUGCUUAAACAGUUCUAAUAUAAAGGGCUCCCAUGGUGGUAUGCAAUCUUA